AUGUGGGAGGAAAGCUUCGACACUGAAAAGGACUAUUCCCCCGUCUCGUGGAGCGAGUACUUUGAUAUGAUGGACGACGUGGUAGUGGGUUCAGCAGAAAGCAAGGACGUGUUUCGGGUGUAUAAGAGUGGACAGGAUGGACCGCUGCUGGUGCUGCUGCAUGGAGGAGGACAUUCAGCUCUGUCCUGGGCUGUUUUCACUGCAGCAAUGACAAGUAGGGUCACUUGUCGUGUUCUGGCCAUGGAUCUACGAGGGCACGGUGCUACUCAAGUCCGUCACGCAGACGAUCUCUCAACGCAGACCAUGUCCAGAGAUGUAGCCAAUGUGGUGAGAGCUACAUACGGGGAAGUCCCGCCUCCUAUUAUCCUGGUUGGUCACAGCAUGGGUGGAGCCAUCGCAGUACAUGCGGCCAGUGGAGGUGUGCUCCCCUCGGUGGUGGGCCUGGUCGUUAUUGAUGUAGUGGAGGGAAGUGCCAUGGAUGUGCUUCACAGCAUGCAGAACUUCCUGAAAGGUCGACCCCGGUCCUUCAAAUCUAUCGAUCACGCCAUCGAGUGGAGUGUUAAAAGUGGUCAAAUCAGAAACCUGGAAUCUGCCAAAGUCUCAAUGGUGGGACAAGUGAGGAGGUGUGAGGUUGAGGACGGGGACUCAACCGAGCAGGUGAGUCCAGCAACGGAGAGCGUCGCUGAGGGUCAUGAAGAGUUCUACGACCUGAACUACGUCACAGACAAAGCCGAGAACACCGCAUCAGAGCCAUCCAGCGUCUACAGCUGGAAGAUUGACCUGUCCAAAGCCGAGAAGUAUUGGGACGGCUGGUUCAGAGGAAUCUCCAACCUCUUCCUGGGCUGCAACGUUCCCAAACUUCUGCUGCUUGCAGGUAUUGAUCGACUGGACAGGGAUUUAACCAUCGGACAAAUGCAAGGUAAAUUUAUGAUGCAGGUGCUGCUCCCUUGUGGUCAUGCCGUUCAAGAGGACAUGCCAGACAAGGUGGCUGACGCUCUUGCUGGUUUCAUUACAAGACACAAGCUUGCAGAGACUCGAGGUGAAACCAAGAGCUCAUCAUCAUACCCCUUCAUGCGCUGAACUCCAGAGGACCUUGGAUCAAUAACGGCAACUCAAGACAGAAAACGACCCACAGCUGAACACCUCAUCGUUUUUAAAAAAUUAUUAUUAUAUAAGAAAAUCUUUCAGUUUUUUUUUGUGUUCCUUUUUGUGCCAGUCUUCACUGCUCCUGUUAUAGAUAUUAAUUUUCUUUGUUUUUGAGCUACAGGUGACGUUUGUAAAGGUAGUGAAAGUAGUGAUUUUCAUAACUCCCAAUAAACUGGAGCCAUGUGCUCAGUGUUCACCAGUAUACACAGAAUUUUGUGAUGAAAACCAGUGUGCACGAGUACAUGAUGAUACAGGUGUGGCUUGUUUAAGGCGUUUGAGUAUAUUGGUGGUGGACUGAUGGGUCAAAAAGAAAACCAAAACUGUCACCCUACACAGAGAGAACUUUUAAAUUCAGAUGGACUUUGAGAACCAACAACCUUAAAGCUCUGA